AUGAAUUUUGCUGUAAAAAGGGUGAUUCAGGGGGAGAGGUGUUCCAGUCUGAUCUGUUUCAGAAGAGAAAGGAUCACCUGGAUUCUUCUGGAGCUGGGAGUCAGGGCCAGAAAUCUCCAGGAAAGACCUGCUCAAGGAACAAGAAGAGGAUCCCACCUCUCCAGAGCUCCAUCCCACCUGGAGCUCCAGGCAAGAACCAUUUCCCUGCUUGGAGCUUCACUGUGCUGGCGGCAGACUGAGGGAGAAGGAAUAACCCCAGCCCUUCAAAGCCACUCCGUGGAACACAGGGGUCUGCCAGUGCUGGUGAAGUCUUUUUUGAGAAGCACACAGAAAAUCUGCCAUCCUAAAUCCACCUCCUUCCCCCUGGCCCGCAGCCUGAGCAGGAGCUGUUUACAGAGCCGUGCUUGGGGGAAGCCAAGAACUGAGCAGAUCCUUUUUCAUUUCCACUCCUGUUCAGGGUGGGUUCUCCCAAACCAAGACAAGCAGUCAGAGUACGUUCCCGAGGAGUUGGGCCUAGCAAUAUGGCAGCGCACGUUCCAUAGGAAAUCCUGCAGAAUGCUGCUGCUGCUGAGCUCUGUUCCCAAGGAGGGCACAAUCCCUGCCCCGCUCCAGCCUCGACCGCUGCAGGGACUGAGUUUUCUCCACCCCAAACUCUGGAUUUUCAAAGAUGCCGCAGCACGAAUUUUGGCUGCUGAAAACUUUGGGAAAAGCCGGAUGGUUUUAAGCCCUCGAGCAGCGUGGUGUUAACAUUCCCAAAAAAGCACCAUGGCAACCUCUCAGUGUUCCUGCCCGCAUGGUCAGCAAGCACAAGCCUCCAAAGGGGGACAGAUGAGGGUGACAAAAGCAAUGUGGACACUGCAGCUUCUUCCAAGGGCUCACAACCCCCGCGGGAUGUGCUCUUCCCACACUGCAGUCAAUGAAUCUCUAAUCUCCUGGGCUGAAAUGUCUGACACUUCCAGAAUCAUUUAUUUGCUGCCUCGACUCGCAGAGCUCCACCUACAGCAGUGUCUCGGCAGUGGGCUGGUGGUGAAUCUGAUCGAAAUGUCUGGUUUUUUGGGGGUGGGAGGGAGGGGGGGAUGGAAGGAUGAGCAGGGGCUCUGCUGUGCACCGUGUGCCUCUCACACCGCCCUUCCAGCCAGGGCUGCCCCAGCAGCCGCUGCUGAAGGCUCUGAGGGACAAGGAGUGGAUGAGUUUAUUCCUUGCUGCUGAAUAAAUUGAGUUUAUUCCCUGGCUGCUCCUGCCAAGCACCGACACCGCCCAAACCCUGGUGCUCUGUGCUGCUGCAUCCCUCUGGAAGGUGGACAGAAGGGCAAGGAGGAGAAGCUCAGCUCCUGACAGAAGUCUCCAGAUGCUGCCUCUGGCUACCCCAAGAAGCUGAACUCUCCCUGGAAGCUGUGUCUGGUGCUGCCUUCUCACUUCACUGCCCUGCUGGUGGCUUCACCUUGAGGAUGAAUUAUGCAAGAAAUGCUGUGAAGCACCAGGAAUGCUGAGGGCUGAGAAGAGUCCUCUCAGUGCACGAACUUACUUGUGGAUAAAGUCACGCUCACCUGGAUUGCAGCUCCUCCAGAAGAGGCCUCGAGGUGUGGGAAGGAUCACAGAUCAAUCACAAAUUAAUCACAAAUUAAUCAGUGGACUUUGGUUUUGCUUUGGUGUGCUUGUAUCAUGUCUGAACAUGCAAAGAACUUGGCUUUCCACAAGGAAUCCAGUAAAUGGCACCUCUGUCAAUCAGUCACUUGGAGUGUGUUUGUCUCUUUUGCUCACCCCUUUCUCCCCUUCCCACCAGGGCUUGCAGAGCACCUCCUUCCCCGCAUGGAGUGGUUGGGGCUGGCUUCUUCCCGGGGUUUGGAUGCCAGCUUGGGAAGAGGGUUGGUGGGCUCGUGGAGCACCUCACACACCAAAUUUGCCUUUCCAUUGGAUUGUGUUUUCACUCCACCAGUGUCUGCUUGUUGCAUCUCACUGCUGAAGGCCCAAAUAGGGAAAAAAAAUCCCGAAAUCCGGAUUUUUCUCUCCCCUGUUUGAUGGAUAAUUCAGAAAUAACAGCGCAGCUUUGGUAGAAUUCCUGUUCUCCUUCAUCCCCCUUUGCUCUUUUUCACAUGGCCUGGCCUUCUGUGUGUAGUUUUGGGGGAUAGUGUGGAUUUUGGAAGACGCUGCAGCAAAAUUGUAGCAGGAGGGAAGCCCUGGUUUUGAAUUAGUGCUGUCCUUCUUGGUGUCUUUACAUCAGCAUCCAGUUCCUUGUGGAAUAUAUGAACAGACAGCUUAAAAACAGUGAUCAAAACCCAGAAGAAACACAAGAUUUUGGUUCAAUUGCUAGAAAUAUUCAACAAGGAGCUGAAGUCCCCACAUUCCUCAGGCAGCCAAAUGCUGCUUUUCCUUACAGCCAUGGCACUGCAAAGGCAAAUAAAAAACAAAUUAAAAUUGCUCCUGUCCCCCAGCCUCUAUUUUGGGAUAUUUUAGGAGGGAUUUUCCCCAGAUUCCAGCCCAGCAGAGCACAGCCUCUAUCUGUUGAGGGGAGGAUCUGUGCAGGUGUGAAUUCCCUGGGAGAUGGGAGGCAAGAGGAGACUCCAGGGGCACAAGCAAAGCUUCCAGCAGCUCCUUGUCCUGAGGGAUCUGUCCCAGUCCAGUCACGGCACUGCAGUGGCACACUGGGGGAGGUGUUUCCACAUUUAUCUCUUCAGCUGAGAUAUGAAGCCCAAGGUCUCUGUUGUUCAGGGACAGAUGUCGAGGGAGAAGUUUUGUUCCUUUGGCACGUGCUGUGUGAAAUCUUCCCUUCUUAUUAAAAAAAAAAAAAAAAAAAGAAAUCCCAUUUUUGGUUUCAAAACCCCAAAAAGAGACAACAAUGCUGUCAUCUCAGAAAUUAAAAAAAAAAAGACAAAAUAUUCUGGGAAGUGUUUGAUCCUCUGCAGGUUGGGAUGGACAAGGCUGCUGGAAAACAACACAUUGUUCUAAAACAUAGCUAAGAAAUCCAUUUCUUAGAAAUGUCUGAGUGUGUUUUGUUCACAUGUGAUGGCCCCUCAUUCUUUUAUCAUGCAGCCCUUCCACAGCAGCUUCAUCUUGGAGCUCCAGCCACCUUCUGCCACCUCAGUUCACUCUCACAAGUCCCUCUGUGAGGUGGGUAUGGGAAUGUUCCUGAUCCUGAUCCUGAUUCACACAGGAAGAGAAUCACAUCCCUCAUUUUUGCCACUUUUAACCUCUUUUCCUCACUUUGAUUUUCCUGAUAACAUGGAGUACGAUUAUUGAUUUUCAACCCAGCUAUUGAAAAUAUUUACCAAGCACAGUAGUAUCAAAUAUAAUCUGAUUUAAUGGAAUCUUUUGGGGUUUUUUAAAUCUAUUUUUCCCUCCUGGAUCAGGAGGGGAGACUGGCUUUCCACGCUGAGGGUUUGCUUUGCACAAGGCAUGGGAUAUGUUAUUUCUGUGGGGUGAGGAAGUGCUGAGCGCCUCUGAAAACCACCCCAAACCUAAAAGCACUGAUUAGAAAGUUUGGCUUAAGCAUUUUGCCUGAGAUGGCAGGGCUGAUAAUUGGAUUUCAGCUCGCUGAGCCCCAGUCCAUUACUGCAGCUAUAAAUCACCGUGCCGCAAUCACUCCUCUAAUGCACCCUCAGUUUUCAAAUAUUUCCUUUACAGCCUUUUCCAUCUGUGCCUGUGAAGACACCUCCAGUAUAGGUAAUGGAGCAGUGGGGGGACGAAGCUGUGCCCUCAGCAGCUCUGAGUGCUCUGAAAGUUGUCGACUCCCACCCUUGGAGCAGUUUUGGGGUGUUCGGAGCUGAGUGUGCUGCACUUGGCAGCUUGCACAGCUUUUAGGAAAGAUUUUCCUCUGUUAACUCACCCUUAGUCAGAAGAAAAGUCACACAGAAAAAAAAAAUUGCACAGGCAAAUCUUGGCUCAAUCAGGACUUCUUGAGAUGCUCAGGUUGUUUGGACCUCAGGAGUCAAAAGCUGAGAAAGUCCCACUUCCUAAUUUAUUUGUUUUUUAAAAUAGAUGAUGAUAAACCCCUCACUCUGCACGUAUUUCCCUCUGUCAUUAAAUUCUGCCUCACACACAGCCAGGCCUCAUCGCAGGUAAAUUCAGCAGCAGGGAGGUGGGGCUGGGAACAGCGGGAUCAGGGAAUUCCCUGGAAUAAAGCACAGGGUUUGCCAUGGGAAGCACUGGCUCUUUUGGGAUCCCUGCACUUCACAGCUCCAUCUCCACCACUGACUGCAGAAUUACCUUCAAGGUAAUUGUUAUAAUUUUCCU